CUCAACAGGGAACAAGAAGCAAGACCAUUGAAGGUUCUCAUCAUCGCCGUGAGGGAGUCUAUUCAGCACCUCAUUCUGGGCAUGGAGCUAAAGGCAGUGAUUUCUCAAGACAGCAUCAUGAUGAAGCUCAACAGGGAACAAGAAGCAAGACCAUUGAAGGUUCUCAUCAUCGCCGUGAGGGAGGCUAUUCAGCACCUCAUUCUGGGCAUGGAGCUAAAGGCAGUGAUUUCUCAAGACAGCAUCAUGAUGAAGAUGCUGGUAGCUCUGUUGAUUUGGGCACAACAACAUGUGAAAUAUGUGCUUGUGAAAAGCCCUGUUAUCCUCUGAAAUGUUGUGGUAAAUAUAUGUGCCAAGGAUGCCAACAGAAAGUUACAAUCUGUCCUUACUGCCGUACAUUUUGGAGAGUUUUAACUGGAGAUCAGCCACCAGGUACUAUGUCAGUUCAAGAAAUACAAGACUCUGCCGCUGGGUAUGAACCUUUCCCUACUUGGAGAAUUAAAUAUUUCUUUCCUCCUGGAAUUCAAAAGGACUGUCACCCAAAUCCCGGAGAAUAUUACAAAGGAGGGAGUCGUACAGCUUUCUUACCUGCUACUGAUCAUGGCUUACUUGUGUUGACACUUCUGCGGCUUGCAUUUCUUAGAAAGCUAACUUUCACCAUUGGCCACUCUUUAACAACAGACAGAGAAAACUCCAUUGUUUGGAAUGAUAUUCAUCACAAAACAAAUCUUCAUAGUGGACC